AUGCUUAGAGCAUUUACCAUUCUGUUCGGUUCUCUGCUAGAAAAGAAGCGACGAACUAAAAAGCUCCUUAGGGAUUUCUGGCAGUUUUCACUUGCAAGUGUUCAACAUAAGGCGGAACAAAAGAGGCUUUUGGCUUCUUCUACUUGUUUUCGUCAAGUGAAUAUUUGGUUAAGCAGUCAAAAGGAGAAGAGUUGA